GAGUUAGGAGACCUGUCAGCUGAGCUGUUUACCGGCCGGUGUUUAGCUUCAGAGAUAACAACAAACCUAGCUGUUAGCUUGUUAGCUAGUUAGCUAGUUAGCUAUAACGCGCAGUGCUAGUUUAUGACUGAUUAUAAGUACUUAUAGCUAUGAGUGCAGCAGUCUAUGUUUUAUCCACGGUUACUGGAUACGUGCUUACAUCUGCUUUGUUACUGAAAUGUCCUUCGUUGCUGCAUCGCAGGAAACGUGAGACUUUCCUCAGCCGCCACAUCUCACACCGAGGCGGUGCAGGUGAGAACCUGGAGAACACCAUGGCAGCCUUCAGGCAUGCCGUACAGCUCGGAACUGACAUGCUGGAACUGGACUGUCAUCUGACCAAGGACGAGCAGGUGGUCGUGUUGCAUGACUUUAACCUGAAGAGGUCGACCGGAGUUAGCACCAGCAUUUCAGAUGUCGCAUAUGCCGAACUUCCACCUUACUUGUGUAAGCUUGGUGUGUCUUUCAAGCGAGAGUGCUUUGUCGAAGGAGGUGAGGAUAAAAACAUCCCUCUGCUGAAAGAUGUAUUUGAGGCUUUCCCAAAGACCCCCAUUAACAUCGACAUCAAAGUCAACGAUGACACACUCAUCAGGAAGGUCUCUGAGCUGGUCAUUGAAUAUAAUCGCGAGCAGCUGACUGUAUGGGGUAACUCCAGUGACCAGAUAGUUAAGAAAUGCUACAAAGAGAAUCCUCGGAUCCCUUUGCUCUUCAGCUUACCCAGAGUGCUACUCCUCGUGGGGCUUUUCUACACUGGGCUCCUGCCCUUUGUACCCCUUAAGGAGCAGUUCUUGGAGAUCCCCAUGCCUUCUAUUACUUUCAAAAUCCGAGACCCCAGAAGGAUGACACGGGGUGAACGCUUCAUCACUUGGAUUGCAGACACCCUUCUCAUGAGAAAAGCUCUGUUUGACCAUCUAAAAGCUCGUGGAAUACAGACCUAUGUGUGGGUGCUGAACGAUGAAGAAGAUUUUAAAAGAGCGUUUGACCUCGGGGCCACCGGCGUGAUGACAGACUACCCCACCAAGCUUAAAGAUUUCAUGGAGAAUAACAUACCUGUUGCAUAUAAAUGACUUGUGAACAGAGAACAGCUCACUUGGUUCAUUUUCCACUUUUCGUCAUGGCCUGGUUUGAAUAUCCUUCCAUCUUCUUUUUACACAUCACCGUUUGUGACAGAAGUAACAGAAAAGGUUUUUGUGUGUGGUUUUAAAUCUGACUCUGGUGUACAUGAACAAAAUGGACUUUUUGUUUUUUUUAAUUGAAUCCUAAAGGAAAAAAGAACACAAAACUAGACUAAUUUAUGGUGAUAAAUUAAAAAAGCUUACUACUGAUUUUGAACUUACCCAAGAGGCAUUGCAAUCUAAUAGAGUUGCCAUUGUAUCUAAAUGUGAACCUGGAGCAUCAUAAAUACUUAAUAUUUUAUAAUUCUCAGUGUGUAAUUUAAAGGCCGUACCUUUCCGGGUAAAAAAAAAAAACAGCAAAUCUUUUGUUAUUUUAUUAUCAUUCUACUCUAUUUUGUGCUGCAAAUGGCCAAAGUAAUACUCAUACACUCUUCUGAACCGUGAGGGGAAGUCGACAAGAGCUUUAACAGUAUUAUAACACAGGAGGCCACAAGCAGUGAAGCUCUCCUGCAGUUUAUCACCGUAAUAGAAUAGGUUACUUAGCAACAAAGAACCACAAAGUAAAAUGGCUCUCAGGUUUACAAAGUGAUGCUUUAGUCUCUGAACAAGUUUUAUCACAAAUCUGUCAAGAUAAUUUUACUAUCGUAGAAUUAUCUCAAGCAAUAGCUCAUUCUUUUUCAGUUUCUCGUCAUUACCUCUGGCUUCUGAAAGCGUUUAUAUGCCUGAGUGAUAGAUGGUAUGCAAUAAAAACCCAACAUAGAUUAUAAAAGCGACUUUAUAAAAUGUAACUGCCUUUUUGUGAUUUUCAGCUGUAUUCUGAUCACAUGUACGAAGGGAAUACUCCAGCGUUUGGUAUCUUAAUCUCUAUUUCUCUAUAUUACUGCAGACAAUCGUUCAUUAGGCACAUUCUCUGUGCUGGAAAAAAAUUAGAAACAGUUGCUGAAUUAUGCUGCUAAAUACAACUCGUACACGUUAACAAGGAUCAUCUUCGGAUGUGACGAUCAACACCUAAGCAAUGCUGUAAAUUAUUCUGAUGGGCAUGUCCAGGUUUACAGUGGCGAAGUGAUCAUCACAAAUUAUUAUGACAAAUUUAGAGCUGAAUCUGGUGAUCUGAACGAUUCUAAAGAUGGAAUUUAGUGUAAAGAGAUUUUCUGUUCGUUUCUUAUGACAGACUUUCUGUCUCGGGUUAACGUUCAUGAGCUACAGAUAACACAAAUUGAGAUUUGGUUGAAAUAAUGCUUGAAUAUUCUUUUAAUAUGUGAACAGACAGACAUAGUGAUGCUGUGGGCCAUUUAAUGUUUUACCUAAAAAUGUUUACCUAUCAUAGCCUGGUAAACAUUUCAGUAAUGUCAUUAGAUAAUAGGUGUCUUCUAAACCUAAAAAAAAAAAAAAAAAGCCAUACAAAUUCAUAAAAUUAGUAUAAAGUGG